GAGCCUGUUUUUAGGGCAGGGUGUGGAGUGAACGGUGAAGAUCUGUGAGGGGCGCGAUGGAUCAUCUGCAUGAGCAUCAACGCUCCACAAUCGAUCGUCACCAUGAAUUUGAAAACCAGGGAUUUGUAGAAGAGGAAGAGGAGGCGGGCGCCAAGGGCGCGGGAGAGGGCGGCGAGGGCGCGCAUGGAUUCCAGGAGGAGGAAGACGAUGGCGCUGGCGAUGGCGCUGGCGAUGGCGAUGGCGCCAUGGUGGAUCUCGAGGAGGAGGAGCCCGUCAUGGAUGAGGAGCAUGCAGGAGGGAGCCAGCUUACUCUCUCGUACCAGGGCGAGGUCUAUCUCUUCGAGAACGUCCCCGUGGAAAAGGUCCAUGACGUUUUGACGGUUCUGGGUGGACAGGAGAUCCAAUCCUUCACCAAUGUACCUAGUUAUCUCGCAUAUCCUAAGAAUCAAAGCUUGCUGGAACCACCCGGGCCUGGGCAGCGAUUAAAUCCGAGGGACAGAGAAGAAUACAUCCGCAGGUACCGUGAGAAGCGAGAGAGGCGGAUAUGGGGGAAGAGAAUUCUCUACUCGGUGAGAAGCAAUGUAGCCGUGAAGAUGAACCGGCACAAAGGCCAGUUUGCUCCCUUCAAGGUCAAAGAGGAAGAGUCCGAGGAGAAGCCGGCAACUUCGACUCCGGCAGUAGAGACUGUUUGCCAGGGCUGUGGAUGUGCAUCUGGAACAACACCGAUGAUGCGAAAAGGUCCAGCCGGACCAAAGACGCUGUGUAAUGCCUGCGGUCUUAUGUGGGCAAAUAAGGGUGUCCUGAAAAGCUCGCAAGUUCGGGAACAAAAGACACCACAGCAGCCACUGCAACACCAACAGCACCAACAACAACAGGAUGAUCUGGUGCCGUGCCAAAACUCAUCACCCAAGGUACCCAGGGGCACCAAGAGAAAGACACGAGCAACAUAACUUUCCUCUCCUCCGAUUUCGAAUUUUUUGGUUUCGAGAAUACACACAUAAAAACGGGACACGAAUUACUUGCUCACACUUGUACGUACGUUCUCCUCGUCUCUCUUUCUUACUUGGUGCGUGUUUGAUCCUGGAAGGAUUGAAUCAACGUCCAGAGAAUUCCAGCAGCUUCUUGACGUGUCGUCUCGAUCCCGGUCACGUGAACACCCGGCGCAUUAGCACGUCACAGUGCGAAGAUCAUCGCCAAAGUGCUUACAACUCCGAGUUGAUCCCAAAGUCACCGCCGCUUCCCAGCGAGGCACGUAACACCAGGCGCUGUCAAGAAAAAACUUCUCUCACUCGAGAGAGAGAGAGAAAGAGAGAGAGGAGAUCCAAGUUUGCGGCUCUAAACCAACUUCUACACGCCAUUUUAACGCGAGAAACACACAAGACAA